GAGGGCGGAUACGGUGAAUGCGGGGUCCGGGGAGAGAGCGAUACGGUGAAUGCGGGGUCCGGGGAGAGCGGAUACGGUGAAUGCGGGGUCCGGGGAGAGCGGAUACGGUGAAUGCGGGGUCCGGGGAUAGAGCGGAUACGGUGAAUGCGGGGUCCGGGAAUGAGAGCGGAUAUACGGUGAAUGCGGGGUCCGGGGAGAGGGGAUACAGUGAAUGCGGGGUCCGGGGAGAGCGGAUACAGGUGAAUGCGGGGUCCGGGGAGAGGGAUACAGUGAAUGCGGGGUCCGGGGAGGGCGGAUAUACUGAAUGCGGGGUCCGGGGAGAGCGGAUAGAGUGAAUGCGGGGUCCGGGGAGAGCGGAUAUAGUGAAUGCGGGGUCCGGGGAGGGCGGAUAUACUGAAUGCGGGGUCCGGGGAGAGAAUGCGGAUAUACUGAAUGCGGGGUCCGGGGAGAGCGGAUAUACUGAAUGUGGGGUCCGGGGAGGGCGGAUAUACUGAAUGCGGGGUCCGGGGAGAGCGGAUAUACUGAAUGCGGGGUCCGGGGAGAGCGGGAUAUACU